GCUUUCCACCACAAACCCCUAAAUGAGUACUUCUUUGGGUCCUUCUUACGUCCAUUAUUUUCUCCCUCUCUCUUUUUCUUAUCAGUGGCGAACAACGUGUGAUUGGCUACCAUUGUGCCCUGUUUAUAUUUUAAGUAGUUCCUUUAUAUAUUUUUGAAUGAUGCUUUUUUUUUCCCUUAGAAGACAAUGACUCACCCUCUCCCUAUCAACAAUCAGCAGAACCACUAGGCAUUUUAAAUUUUCAUCUUGAUUUAUGCACUAAAAAAGAAAGUCUGCAGUGUUCUUAAUCUAUUCGCUGAUGUUUGUCUUGCAGAUUCAAGAGUGGCUUUGUUUAAACUGCCAGACACAGAGAGCAAUUUCAGGACAACUUGGAGAUAUGGGCAAAAUGCCACCUGCACCCUCAGGACCCAAAGCAUCCCCUGUGCCUGCUCCUGCAGAACCUUCAUCGCAGAAAACACCCACAGGGACCCAAGUGAAAGGUAAAAAGAAAGAAGCAGAAGGAAAAACGGAAGCUGAAAAACCGGUUCCAGAAAAAGAAACACCAUCAAUUGAGAAAACCCCUCCAACGGUCACCACAGAUCAAAAACUAGAAGAAAGUGAAGGAAAGAAAAGCAAGGUUUCAGCCCAGCAGGAGAAGAAACCGUCUGAAGAAGAAAAGGCACUAUCUGCAGAUAAAAAGGAAAAGAAGCCACCUGCUGAAGAAAAGCCACCGCUUGAAGGAAAGAAGCCAAUCCCCGUUGAUAAGAAAUUACCCGCAGAAGCAAAAUCCCUGGCCUCAGAGGGGGAAGAGAAACAUGAAAUACUUAAAGCUCACGUACAAACUCCUGAAGAAGAAGAACCCACAGGCAAAGUGGCUGCAAAGGCAGGUGGGGAGGAGCAGCAGCCAGACUCCAGGCCGGAAGCUCUGCCAGGCGCCACACCUCUGACAUUACCCAAGGCAGGAGAGAAAGAAAGCAGAGCGGUAGCACAGCCACAGGCAGAAGGCAGUUCAAAGGACGGCCAAGGCGAGCCGAGCAAAGAAAAGACAGAAAAGGAAGAGGACAAAUCGGACACUUCCAGUUCUCAGCAACCCAAGAGCCCACAAGGCCUGAGUGACACAGGAUAUUCUUCUGAUGGAAUAUCAGGUUCCCUCGGGGAAAUCCCAAGCCUUAUACCCAGUGAUGAGAAAGAUUUGCUGAAAGGACUCAAAAAAGAUUCUUUCUCACAAGAAAGCAGCCCUUCCAGCCCCUCAGACUUAGCUAAGUUGGAAAGUACAGUACUAUCCAUUUUGGAAGCUCAGGCAAGUACACUUGUUGGCGAAAAAGCAGAAAAGAAAACACAGCCCCAGAAGGUUUCUCCUGAAAAGCCACAGGACCAGCAGAAAACUCAGCCUACAUCCGAAACACUGGAUAUUACUAUUUCAGAAGAGGAGAUCAAAGAGAGUCAAGAAAAGAAAGUUAGUCCAAAAAAGGAUAGCGAGCAAGGUUUUCCUUCCAGAAAGGAGCACAAAGAGAAGCCUGAGCUGGUUGAUGACCUAAGUCCGCGAAGGGCAUCCUAUGAUUCGGUUGAAGACAGCAGCGAAAGUGAAAACUCCCCUGUUGUCCGUAGGAAGCGGAGAACUAGUAUUGGUUCAUCAAGCAGCGAUGAGUAUAAGCAGGAAGACAGUCAAGGUUCGGGGGAAGAGGAGGACUUCAUUCGAAAACAGAUUAUAGAAAUGAGUGCUGAUGAGGAUGCUUCAGGCUCUGAGGAUGAAGAGUUCAUCAGGAGUCAGCUCAAAGAGAUCAGUGGCGUUAGUGAGAGCCAGAAGAGGGAGGAAGCAAAGGGGAAAGGAAAAGGCGUGGCCGGGAAACACCGACGACUGACUCGAAAGAGCAGUACCAGCUUCGAUGACGAUGCAGGGAGACGUCAUUCCUGGCAUGACGAGGAUGAUGAAACUUUUGAUGAAAGUCCUGAACUCAAAUUCCGAGAAACUAAAAGCCAGGAGAGUGAAGAACUCGUAGUCGCUGGAGGAGGAGGGUUGCGGCGAUUUAAGACAAUAGAACUCAACAGUACAAUAGCAGACAAGUACUCUUCAGAAUCCUCUCAGAAAAAGACAAUUUUGUAUUUCGAUGAAGAGCCAGAAUUAGAAAUGGAAAGUCUGACAGACUCACCCGAAGACAGAUCUAGGGGAGAGGGAUCCUCUAGUCUCCAUGCAUCCAGCUUCACUCCUGGCACAUCCCCUACGUCAGUAUCGUCCCUUGAUGAGGACAGUGACAGUAGCCCAAGUCACAAAAAAGGAGAAAGCAAGCAGCAGCGCAAAGCUCGGCACAGGUCGCAUGGCCCUCUGUUACCUACCAUUGAAGAUUCCUCCGAGGAAGAAGAGCUGAGGGAGGAAGAAGAAUUACUAAAAGAACAAGAGAAGCAGCGAGAAUUGGAACAGCAACAGAGGAAGAGUUCUAGUAAGAAAUCGAAGAAAGACAAAGAUGAACUUCGAGCCCAGAGAAGGCGAGAAAGACCAAAGACACCGCCCAGUAAUCUCUCUCCCAUCGAGGACGCGUCCCCCACAGAAGAACUGCGCCAGGCAGCAGAAAUGGAGGAGCUACACAGAUCCUCUUGCUCUGAAUACUCACCUAGCAUAGAAUCGGAUCCAGAAGGAUUCGAAAUAAGCCCCGAGAAAAUAAUAGAAGUUCAAAAAGUUUACAAAUUGCCCGCAGCUGUGUCUUUAUACUCACCAACAGAUGAGCAAUCUGUUAUGCAGAAAGAAGGUGUUCAGAAGGCCUUAAAAAGUGCUGAGGAGAUGUAUGAAGAAAUGAUGCAGAAACCCCACAAGUACAAAGCUUUCCCAGCUGCAAAUGAGAGAGACGAAGUGUUUGAGAAAGAGCCAUUGUACGGUGGCAUGUUAAUAGAGGACUACAUUUAUGAGUCUUUAGUAGAGGACACGUACAAUGGGUCAGUAGACGGCAGUCUGCUCACCAGGCAAGAGGAGCAAAACGGGUUUAUGCAGCAGAGAGGGAGAGAACAAAAAGUAAGACUGCAGGAACAGAUUUACGAUGACCCCAUGCAGAAAAUCUCAGACCUCCAGAAGGAGUUUUAUGAGUUAGAAAGCUUACACUCUAUUGUGCCUCAAGAAGACAUUGUUUCGAGCUCUUACAUCAUUCCAGAAAGCCAUGAGAUAGUGGAUCUGGGUAGCAUGGUGACGUCUACCAGCGAAGGAAAGAAAUUGUUAGAUGCCGACUCGGCGUAUGAAGAACUCAUGAGGCGGCAGCAGGUACAGGUAACAGAUGGCUCCAGCCCCGUACAGACUACCAUUGGGGAUGACAUGGCCGAGUCCACUUUGGACUUCGACAGGGUGCAAGAUGCGUCUUUGACAUCAAGUAUCCUCUCUGGAGCAUCUCUUACAGACUCAACCAGCAGUGCGACUCUCUCUAUCCCAGAUGUUAAGAUAACCCAACAUUUUUCAGCAGAAGAACUUGAGGAUGAAUAUGUAACUGAUUAUACAAGAGAAAUUCAAGAAAUAAUUGCCCACGAGUCACUUAUAUUGACUUACUCUGAGCCUUCCGAAAGUGCGACGUCUGUCCCGCCUUCUGACACACCUUCUCUCACGUCCUCUAUUUCUUCGGUUUGCACCACAGACAGCUCCUCACCUGUCACUACCCUCGACAGCCUAACAACUGUUUAUACAGAGCCAGCAGAUGUAAUGACUAAAUUUAAAGACUCUGAGGAAAUUUCUUCAACUUAUUUUCCAGGCAGCAUUAUCGACUAUCCAGAAGAUAUAAGUGUCUCUUUAGAUCGGACCAUCAUGCCAGAAAGUCGAACUAAUGAGGACCAGAUUGUGCUUUCUUUCUCCGGUAUGGCACCUUCUGUCACGGAAUCUGUAGGAACUAAGCCUGAGAGGCCACAAGCUGACACUAUUUCCACUGACUUAUCUAUAUCUGAAAAGGAUUUGAUAAAAGGCAAGAAAGAGACUGGGGAUGGGAUUAUUUUGGAGGUUUUGGAUGCUUACAAAGAUAAGAGGGAAGAAUCAGAGGCUGAACUAACGAAAAUCAGCUUACCCGAGCCUGGGUUAGCCCAAAUGCCUUCUUCCGUAACAGCCCCUCAAAUUAAGGAACAACCUGUGUCUCCACAUUCUGUAUCUGGAAAAAUCUCUGGUCAGGAAAAGCCCACAUACAGGUUACCAUCUGGCAGUCUCCCUGUUUCUACCCAUCCAUCUAAAUCUCGUCCGUUUUUCCGAAGUUCUUCUUUGGACAUAUCAGCCCAGCCACCUCCUCCCCCUCCACCACCUCCUCCUCCCCCUCCACCACCUCCUCCUCCACCACCCCCACCAUUGCCACCAGCAACUUCUCCGAAGCCACCCACUUAUCCCAAAAAGUUGGCGGCUGCAGCUGCAAUGACUCCAACUACUAUUGUUACAACCCAUGUUGAUGCUAUAACUACGGUAGAGGCCGCAGCUGCUCGCAGGAGCAAUGGGCUGCCUGCCACCAAAAUAUGUGCUACUGCACCUCCUCCUGUGCCUCCUAAGCCUUCUCAAAUUCCAACUGGACUUGUAUUUACACAUAGGCCAGAGGCAAUCAAACCUCCAAUUGCCCCCAAGCCAGCAGUUCCUCAGAUUCCAGUUACUACACAGAAACCAACAGAUACGUGCCCCAAGCCAACAGGUCUAUCUUUAACUUCGACCAUGUCCUUAAAUUUAGUGACUUCAGCAGACUACAAACUUCCUUCCCCUACCUCUCCACUUUCCCCACACUCUAACAAAUCCUCACCAAGAUAUUCUAAGUCUCUCAUGGAGACUUACGUGGUUAUUACAUUGCCCUCUGAACCUGGGACUCCAACAGAUUCUUCUGCUCAACCCAUUACAAGUUGGCCCUUGGGAUCACCCCCAAAAGAUCUGGUUUCCCUCGAAACAGUAUUUUCUGUAGUUCCUCCCAUGACAGCUACAGAAAUUCCAAGUGCUUCACAGCCAACCCUUUAUGCAUCUGGAGCUUUGGGGACAUUUUCUGCUGGCCCUGCUGUAACGCCGUCUCUGUUUCAAACAGUACCAACUUCACUUACACAGUUUCUUCCAACGGAAGUUUCAAAACACGAAGUUUCUGCAGUGAGAAGCACCGUCCCAAGUGUUGCUCCCAGAAGUGUUUCCAUACCAAUUCCUCCAGAGCCUCUUGCUCUAGACAGGCAUCAGUACAAGGAAAAUGGAAAGUUGCCCCUUGUAGGCGAUGCCAUUGAUUUGCGUACGAUACCAAAAACAGAGGAAAAAACAACUGAAAAAUGUAUGGAUCUUUCUGCUUCUGCAGUGGAUGUGAAAAGGCAGACCGCAGCGAAUGAAGUUUACAGGCGACAAAUUAGUGCUGUCCAACCUUCUAUCAUAAACCUCAGUGCAGCUUCUUCCUUAGUAACUCCAAUCACCAUGGACUCUAAGACAGUGGCUGUGGUCACGUGCACAGACACUACAGUGUACACAACAGGCACAGAAAGCCAAGGAGGUAUAGAGCAUGCAGUAACAUCACCACUCCAGCUCACUACAUCAAAACAUACUGAGUUACCAUACAGGAAACCUAGUAGCCAGGCUUUUCCUACAAUCCGAGAUGAAGCACCCAUCAACUUAUCAUUAGGCCCUUCAGCUCAGGCAGUGACGCUGGCUGUCACGAAGCCCGUCACUGUACCUCCUGUUGGCGUCACAAAUGGAUGGACUGACAGCACUGUGUCUCAGGGGGUCGCUGAUGGAGAAGUAGUAGAUCUCAGCACAUCAAAAUCUCACAGAACUGUCGUGACAAUGGAUGAAUCUACGUCAAACGUGGUGACCAAAAUAAUAGAAGAUGAUGAAAAACCAGUUGAUCUGACCGCAGGAAGACGAGCGGUGUGCUGUGAUAUGGUUUACACGUUGCCCUUUGGAAGGAGCUGCACGGCACAGCAGCCUGCAACUACCCUUCCCGAAGACCGUUUUGGUUACAGGGAUGACCACUAUCAAUAUGACAGAUCAGGGCCGUAUGGUUACAGGGGGAUUGGCGGAAUGAAACCUUCCAUGUCAGACACCAAUUUAGCAGAAGCUGGACACUUUUUCUAUAAAAGUAAGAAUGCCUUUGAUUAUUCUGGAGGAACUGGUACAGCAGUAGACCUGACUUCCGGGAGAGUGUCUACAGGUGAGGUAAUGGAUUAUUCAAGCAAGACUACAGGUCCAUACCCAGAAACACGCCAAGUCAUUUCGGGAGUUGGUAUUAGUACCCCACAGUAUUCCACUGCAAGAAUGACUCCACCUCCUGGACCCCAGUAUGGUGUGGGAAGUGUUUUGAGGUCAUCUAAUGGUGUUGUCUAUUCUUCAGUAGCAACUCCAAUCCCCUCCACAUUUGCUAUCACCACUCAACCCGGCUCCAUUUUCAGCACCACGGUCAGGGAUUUAUCUGGCAUUCAUACCACAGACGCAAUGACUUCAUUAUCAGCCCUGCAUCAAAGCCAGCCAAUGCCUCGAUCGUAUUUCAUAACAACAGGUGCAUCAGAAACAGACAUCGCAGUAACCGGUAUUGACAUCAAUGCCAGCCUGCAAACUAUUACCAUGGAAACUCUUCCUGCUGAGACAAUGGACUCUGUUCCUACCUUAACCACAGCGUCUGAGGUGUUUUCUGAGGUGGUCGGAGAGGAAAGCACCCUUCUAAUUGUCCCUGAUGAAGACAAACAACAACAGCAACUUGACUUGGAGCGAGAGCUCCUGGAACUGGAGAAAAUAAAGCAACAGCGCUUUGCUGAAGAACUGGAGUGGGAGCGUCAGGAGAUUCAGAGGUUCCGAGAACAAGAGAAGAUCAUGGUUCAAAAGAAGCUGGAGGAGCUGCAGUCUAUGAAGCAGCACCUUCUCUAUCAACAAGAGGAAGAGCGGCAGGCACAGUUCAUGAUGAGGCAGGAGACGCUAGCUCAGCAACAGUUACAGCUUGAGCAGAUCCAACAGCUGCAACAACAGCUCCACCAGCAGCUCGAGGAACAAAAACUUCGCCAGAUCUACCAGUAUAAUUAUGACCCCUCUGGGACCUCUUCUCCUCAAACCACCACUGAACAAGCCAUUUUAGAGGGUCAAUAUGCUGCUACAGAAGGCAGUCAGUUUUGGGCCACUGAAGAUGCCACCACUACGGCGUCUACUGUGGUAGCCAUUGAAAUCCCACAGAGCCAAGGAUGGUACACCGUUCAGUCUGAUGGUGUGACUCAAUACAUUGCCCCACCUGGUAUCCUGAGCACUGUUUCAGAGAUACCUCUGACAGAUGUUGUUGUGAAAGAGGAGAAGCAACCCAAAAAGAGAAGUUCUGGAGCUAAAGUUCGGGGGCAGUAUGAUGAGAUGGGGGAAAGCGUGGCAGACGAUCCACGAAAUUUGAAAAAGAUAGUGGACAGUGGCGUGCAAACUGACGACGAAGAAACUGCUGAUCGGAGUUACGCAAGUAGGAGAAGAAGAACUAAAAAAAGCGUGGAUACCAGUGUCCAAACUGAUGACGAAGAUCAGGAUGAAUGGGACAUGCCUUCUAGGUCCAGGAGAAAAGCGCGAACAGGGAAAUACGGAGAUAGCACCGCAGAGGGUGACAAGACCAAGCCCCUUUCCAAAGUCUCCAGUGUAGCGGUUCAGACAGUUGCAGAGAUAUCUGUGCAAACUGAGCCACUGGGAACCAUAAGAACACCUUCCAUACGAGCACGGGUGGAUGCCAAGGUAGAAAUAAUUAAACACAUUUCAGCGCCUGAAAAGACUUACAAAGGGGGCAGUUUAGGAUGCCAAACAGAAACAGAUUCAGACACACAGAGCCCUCCAUAUCUGGGUGCCACAUCUCCACCCAAAGACAAGAAACGCCCAACACCUUUAGAAAUUGGUUAUUCUUCUUCUCACCUUCGGGCAGACCCCACAGUCCAGCUGGCUCCUUCCCCACCCAAAUCUCCAAAAGUCCUUUACUCACCCAUCUCACCACUUUCCCCAGGCAACGCCUUAGAACCAGCCUUUGUACCUUAUGAAAAACCCCUCCCUGAUGACAUAAGUCCACAGAAAGUACUCCAUCCAGAUAUGGCUAAAGUUCCCCCGGCAAGCCCUAAGACAGCCAAGAUGAUGCAGCGUUCAAUGUCUGACCCAAAGCCUCUGAGUCCAACAGCAGACGAAAGUUCCAGGGCUCCUUUUCAGUAUUCCGAGGGCUUCACGACUAAAGGUUCCCAAACCAUGACAGCCUCUGGUACUCAGAAAAAAGUGAAGAGAACACUUCCAAAUCCCCCUCCUGAGGAGGCGUCCACGGGAACACAGUCAACUUACAGCACCAUGGGCACUGCUUCUAGGAGACGAAUGUGCAGAACCAAUACCAUGGCUCGAGCCAAGAUUCUCCAAGACAUAGACCGAGAGCUCGACCUCGUGGAAAGGGAGUCUGCCAAGCUUAGAAAGAAGCAAGCAGAACUUGAUGAAGAAGAAAAGGAGAUUGAUGCCAAGCUGCGGUAUCUGGAAAUGGGAAUUAACAGGAGAAAAGAAGCGUUAUUGAAGGAGAGAGAAAAGAGAGAGCGUGCCUACCUGCAGGGGGUAGCUGAGGACCGAGAUUACAUGUCUGACAGUGAGGUCAGCAGUACCAGACCGAGCCGAGUAGAAAGUCAGCAUGGCGUUGAGCGGCCAAGAACAGCUCCUCAAACUGAAUUCAGUCAGUUCAUACCACCACAGACCCAAACAGAAGCUCAACUAGUUCCUCCUACAAGUCCUUACACACAAUACCAGUACUCAUCACCGGCUCUUCCCACCCAAGCCCCGACCCCAUACACACAGCAAUCUCAUUUUCAACAACAGACACUAUACCAUCAGCAAGUUUCACCUUAUCAGACUCAGCCAACCUUCCAAGCUGUGGCCACAAUGUCCUUCACACCCCAGGCUCAACCCACUCCAACUCCACAGCCAUCCUAUCAACUACCAUCACAGAUGAUGGUGAUACAACAGAAGCCUCGACAAACCACAUUGUAUUUGGAGCCUAAGAUAACUUCUAACUAUGAAGUGAUUCGCAACCAACCCCUGAUGAUCGCCCCGGUUUCUACUGAUAAUACAUACGCUGUUUCCCAUCUUGGGAGUAAGUACAAUAGUUUAGACUUGAGAAUCGGUUUGGAGGAAAGAAGCAGCAUGGCAAGCAGUCCAAUAUCAAGCAUAUCUGCAGACUCCUUCUAUGCAGACAUUGACCACCACACUUCAAGGAAUUAUGUCCUAAUAGAUGACAUUGGAGACAUUACCAAAGGGACAGCAGCACUGAGCACUGCAUUUAGUCUUCAUGAAAAGGAUCUGUCCAAAACAGAUCGUCUCCUUAGAACCACUGAGACACGGAGGUCUCAGGAAGUGACAGACUUCCUAGCGCCUUUGCAGACUUCCUCCAGAUUGCAUAGCUAUGUGAAAGCAGAGGAGGAUCCGAUGGAGGAUCCUUAUGAGUUAAAGCUUCUGAAACAUCAGAUUAAGCAAGAAUUCCGUAGAGGCACAGAGAGCUUGGAUCACCUUGCUGGUCUAUCUCAUUAUUACCAUGCUGAUACUAGCUAUAGGCACUUUCCCAAGUCUGAAAAGUAUAGCAUCAGUAGACUUACCCUUGAGAAGCAAGCUGCCAAACAGUUACCUGCAGCCAUACUUUACCAAAAGCAAUCAAAGCAUAAGAAAUCAUUAAUUGACCCUAAAAUGUCAAAGUUUUCACCUAUUCAAGAAAGUAGAGACCUUGAACCUGACUAUCCCACUUACAUGAGUUCUGGCACUUCAUCCAUUGGUGGCAUUUCUUCUAGGGCAAGGCUUCUUCAAGAUGAUAUCACAUUUGGCCUCAGAAAAAAUAUUACAGAUCAACAAAAAUUUAUGGGCUCAUCGCUUGGGUCAGGACUGGGCACACUAGGAAAUACUAUCCGGUCAGCUCUACAGGAUGAAGCAGAUAAACCAUACAGCAGUGGGAGCAGGUCCAGGCCUUCCUCCAGGCCUUCUUCUGUCUAUGGCCUUGAUUUAUCAAUUAAGAGGGAUUCUUCUAGCUCAUCACUAAGAUUGAAAGCUCAAGAGGCUGAAGCUCUGGAUGUCUCCUUUGGCCAUUCUUCAUCUUCUGCCAGAACUAAGCCCACCAGCUUACCAAUCAGCCAGAGCAGAGGAAGAAUACCAAUUGUGGCCCAGAACUCAGAAGAAGAAAGUCCGCUAAGUCCUGUUGGCCAACCAAUGGGAAUGGCCAGGGCUGCGGCUGGACCUUUGCCGCCCAUAUCUGCAGACACAAGGGAUCAGUUUGGAUCAAGCCACUCAUUGCCUGAAGUUCAGCAACACAUGAGAGAAGAGUCACGGACAAGGGGUUAUGACCGUGACAUAGCAUUCAUCAUGGAUGACUUCCAACAUGCUAUGUCAGACAGUGAAGCCUAUCACUUGCGUCGGGAGGAAACGGAUUGGUUUGAUAAACCCAGGGAGUCUCGGUUGGAAAAUGGCCAUGGUCUGGAUCGGAAACUGCCAGAAAGACUGGUUCAUUCUAGACCCCUCAGUCAACACCAGGAGCAAAUUCUGCAGAUGAAUGGGAAGACAAUACACUACAUCUUUCCUCAUGCAAGGAUAAAAAUCACCAGAGACUCCAAGGAUCACACUGUUUCUGGUAAGGCAAACUGAACUAUAUGCUAAUUUCUAAUUCUAAUGUCAUAUUGACAUUCGUGUUUGUAUUUCAGUUUAAAUGACUCCUUAAAUUCUAGAAAGCAACCCUUUAUAUCUUUUUUAGAGCAUGUCCAGAAAGAGCAGGCUAUUUGUUUCAACAUGCACACACACAAACAUUAAUGGCAUGACUUUUGCAUGAGGAGUCACUAAGUGGCACAGAAUCUCUCUUCCUUAGCUGUGUCUCUAAGAGUGCAUGAGUUGGCAGUGUUCACAAUUACUGCUUCAGGAAGCAUCAUGGUCACGGCAUUAGUGUGUAUUUUGCACCGCUAAAUAAUAUGGUGACUGAGUUUAGUGAAAGCAGAAGCCUGGAGAUCUUAGGAUCAGAUUCCUCUCUUUUUAUCCACACUGAACACUGUCAAUCACGCUGAGCUUUCAGAUUACUUGUGUUUAUUUAUAGAUCAAAGCUGAUAAUAGUCUUUCUAAGCUUCUUACUUUGGAAUGAUUUUGGACUUACAAUAAAUAAUGCAGAUUGCCUGUUCCUUGCCCAAGUUCUCCUAUGUUUGCACAAACCUAACCUGAAUUGAUCAACCAAAGGAAAUCAAUAUAGAUAUGAUAUUAGAAGAGGCCUAAGUCCUAUUCAGAUUUUGACUCUCUCUACUAACUGAUUAUUUUAUUUACUGCCUCGAGACACAACCUAGGAUCUCACAUUGUAUUUCAUUGUCAUGGUUCCUGAAUCUCUGCCAGCAUAACCAUCUCUAUUUCUUUGUAUUUCCUGAGCCUGAAAUUCUUGGGAAAUUAUGAAACUUUCACAUUACUACCAGGAUUUUCAUUAUUUUGAAGUGUAAGAUGAAGUAAAAUUUUCAAAUUGAUAAAAUAUAUCCUGGAUAAUUUUCUCAAUUACAGUGCAUUAUCUGUUUUUUAUGUCCAAUCGGUAAAAAUGGAAAAGUUUGUUAAAUUUCAAAGACAUUGUUGUGCUCUCUAUACUAGAGGUGGAUGUCACAUGAUGCAUAUACUUCAUUUGUUUGUUUUCAUGAUAACUUGGAAACCAUUUAUCUUCUUAGAUGCAAUUGCAAUUUGAUUUCCAUAGAAAACUAGUCAUUUAGAAAUCUAACGUUGUUUCUCUGUUAAAAUGCAUAUUUUUUCUUUUACCACAGAAAGAUAAUUCAACUAUAUACAAAGGAAAACAUUUAACACCCUAGUGCUCUUUUCUUUCGUCAUUUCAAUGUUAUAAAAUCCCUUCUAAAGCUUUAGUAUCCAUUUAGAUUUGGUUUUUAUUUUUUAGUCUAUUUUUACAUAUUGAGUCCAAUUAGUGCUUUUAGAAGUCAUUUUUUAGAGGGUAUUAUUUGCUGAAAAUAAUUUCAGUUCUUCCAGAACAUAAACCAAAAUAGCAUAAUAUUUUCUGGUAAUGCCAAAAUUACUUUUGCAGGAUAUAUAACAAAAAUCUUAAACCAUUUCAUCUAAAUCAACAGGCCCAAUGUCAAUAUAUCUAUCUACCUAUGUCAUUAUUUUUGCCUUUAUAUUAAAAGAUUUGUCUCUGUCUUACCUUCCGUAACUCAUUAUUCUUUUACUUGAACUAGGAAGUCUGAACUACAAAA